UUCCCGUCCAAUCCUACCCUACGCUCCACGACGAUUAACGAGAGACGGCAGCCACUACACUCAGAGCGAGCAAUUACACUCGCCAACCCAUCUCGCUCGCCCUUCUCUCUCUCUCUCAUCAUCCUCGCUGCAGCCGUAUAUACGCACGCACGCACGCACGCCUCGCCAUCUCGCGAGGGAGAAUCCACGUCGUCUUCUUAGCAUAGUCGUAGACGCAGACGCAGGCGCCGCGAAGUCGCUUUCGCUCCUUCGCUGAUGAAGGCCUCGAUUCCGCGCACGGCCACCUUCUCCUGGUCCCCUGCCUCCCUCUCAGCGGCCGAGCCCUACAUCGUCACAGGAACAGUAGCGGGCGCUCUCGACGAGUCCUUCAGCAACGACUCUGUCCUCGAGAUAUGGCAGCCCUUUUCCCGCCGUGACGCCCCCGUAGCCACAACCACUACGAGCGCGAAGCUCAAUCGCCUAGCAUGGGGUUAUGUUCAUCCUAACCACCCGAAGGGUCUGCUCGCUGGUGGAUUGGAGAAUGGCCAACUUGCCGUUUGGGACGCAGACAAGAUCAUCAACGGGGGCGGCGGGGAAGCACAGUCGCAGAUUCUCAAGAAUACGACGCAUACGGGACCCGUGAGGGGCCUCGAUUUUAAUUCGAAUCAGGCCAACUUGCUUGCUUCGGGCGCCGUCAAUGCAGAGAUCUACAUCUGGGACCUCACAAACCCCACCAAGCCCUACUCUCCCGGGGCCAAAUCGCAGAAGCUCGACGAGAUAACUUCGCUGCAGUGGAACGGGCAGGUGCCGCACAUUCUGGCCACCUCGUCCUCGUCCGGUUACACCGUCGUGUGGGAUCUCAAGAAUAAGCGCGAAGUGUGCGCAUUGGCCUACGGUGGUGGAGCGGGCACCGCGCUUGGUGGCGGUAACAUUGGAGGAGCGAAUGGAGCGCUCGCUGCUGGUGGGAGGAGGGGGAUGGGAGCCGUUGCUUGGCAUCCCGAUGUUAGCACGCGUCUAGUGACCGCUUCAGAAGACGACUCCUCCCCGAUCAUCAUGCUCUGGGAUCUGCGCAACGCUCGAGCGCCAGAAAAGAUUCUCACCGGCCAUGACAAGGGAGUCCUCUCCCUCUCGUGGUGCAAGCAGGAUGCUGAUCUCCUCGUGUCGUGUGGAAAGGACAAUCGUACCCUCGUGUGGAACCCGCAGAGCUGCGAAGUCAUUGGAGAGAUGCCCUCAUCGUCCAACUGGUCCUUCGACACGCAGUGGUGCCCUCGCAACCCUUCCCUCCUCGCAACAGCCAGCUUCGACGGGCAGAUCGGCAUCCAUUCCCUCCAAGCCACCAAUCAGAGCGAGGACGACGCAUCGCAACCCCCAGCCCCCGCAGCAGAUGGCUCAGACAUCUUCAACCUGCCCAGCGCCGCACCCACGUCGUCCAAGCAGACGACCGUACGUCAACCGCCCAAGUGGCUCAAGCGGCCCGUAUCUGCCACCUUUGGCUUCGGCGGCCAGCUUGUCUCUGUCAACAGCAAAGCCGGCGCAGCACCCACGGUGCACCUGCGCGAGGUUGUCACGGAACCCUCGAUCGUCUCGCGCGCCAAGCGACUGCAGGAAGCGCUUGACUCACAGUCCCUCGCCGACUUCUGCAACGAGCGAUCUCAGCAAGCAGCCAGCGACGAUGCAGCCAACUGGAAGGCGCUCCAAACGCUCUUCCGCGCCGACUCCCGCGACGAGCUCGUAGCGCUCCUCGGCUUCUCCAAAGAGGACGUGGCCGCAAAAGUCAACCGAGCCAUCUCUGCCUACAAGACGGGCGGGCCUGGCGCACUCGCCGGCUUGUCGUCUGGCCCUGCCACCCCUCCUGCCAAGCGUACUAGCUCCACGACGAGCGACGCAGGCGACGUGACGCAUGAGCCCGUCGUGUCCUUUGCACAGGACUCGGAGCCCACGCACAGCUCCACCUCCACUACGACGGCCUCUUCCAACGACGCCAAGACGACGGGCGCAGAGACGGACCCUACGGAGCCCAGCCUCUUCUCCGACGACAACAACGCCAACGCCGCCCCCGCAGCAGGCAUCGAGUUUUUCAACACCAUCUCCGGCGAGAGUGGCGCGGGUGUACGCUCAGCAGUGCCCGAGCGAGUCCUCGUCCCGCACUCCUCCUUCCCGCCCGCUUCGAGCGUCGCAGCUACUGCUGGCAGCCCAGGCCCUUCGUCCGUCGCAUCGGCCGACCUGCGGGCUAGCACUUUCCGCAUCUACCCCUCGGACGAGAGCGACGCGGACAAGCUUAUCACGCGCGCCCUCGUGCUCGGAGACUUUGAGUCCGCCGUCUCCCUCUGCAUCUCGACGGAUCGCUUUGCGGAUGCGCUACUGCUCGCCGUUCGUGGUGGCCCGGAGCUCUUGGCCCGCACGCAAAAGACGUACUUCGAGCGACGAACCACCUCGCUUCCUUAUCUCCGCCUCUUCCAGAGCAUCGUCUCCGACGACCUGACCGACGUGGUGCAGAAUGCCGACCUCAACGAGUGGCAGGAGAUCUUCGUCGUCCUCUGCACCUUUGCCAAGUCGGACGACUUUUCCAACCUCGCUGAGCAGCUUGGUCAGCGGUUGGAGUUUCAGUACGUCAAGUCUGCGGCGGGCACCCAGGCGGGGGAGCAGGCACGCGCCCAUCGCAAGAAUGCGAUUCUUUGCUACUUGGCUGCGGGCAAGCUCGAGAAGGUGGCGGGAAUGUGGAUCGAUGAGAUGAAGGAGGAAGAGGCAGCCAUUCGUAGCGCGCACAGGAAUGGCGCUGCGCAAAGCGUGGAGCAGUCCGGCUCCCUCUACUCUGCGCACGCCGAGGCGCUUCAGACGUUCAUGGAGAAGAUUACGGUAUUCCAGACUGCCGUGGGCUACGUGGAUGCCGACCUGCAAGCGCCUACCACCAACCCGCAAGUCGCAGAGACGGGAGCACGAACGUACAAGCUCGCAGCGCUAUACGACCGUAUUCACGAGUACAUCGAGCUCCUAGCCGACCAAGGAUUGAUCGAGCCGGCCCUCAAGUUCGUCGAGCAGACGCCCGCGGAUUACGUGAGCUCGGCGGCUAGCUCGACGAUGAAUGGCGGGACGGGAAGUAUGGGGGCUCAUCCUGCGAGGCAGCGCUUGCUCCAGGCCAGCAGCGCGAGAGCUACCACCAGUAAAGCGCCCGCUCAGGCGGCCGCGACGGCGGCGUCGUCAUCGCGUGGCUACACGCAGUCGUACGACCCCUACGGCGCUGCGAGCAACGACAUGUAUGGCGCCCCUCCCGCCCAGCAGCAGCAGCAGCCCAGCUACGGCGGCUAUGCCCCUGCAGUCCCCUCAGUCCCGUCGAUCCCGACCAUCCCGACCAUCUCGGCCCCCGGGUACCCCUCGGCGUACAGCGCCCAACCAGUUCCUCAAGCGCAAGCGCAAGCGCAGCAGUACGCUCCUCCGCAACCAAUGGUCCCCGCCCCUCCCCCAAUCCAGGAAUCAGCCUACGCCCCUCCGCCCAUGCUCGCACAACAGCAGGCCAACCCCGCCCCUCCUCCGCCACCGCCUAAACGUGCCGACGGGGGCUGGAACGACAUUCCCGACCUGCCAGCCCCGCCCAAGCGCACCACGUCCGCUAUGGGACAGCAGGGCGGCGCAGCGGGGGGGAAGAGUGCGCCCAUCAUGAGUCCAUUCCCCAACUCGCCGGCCGCCACGCCUGCCUCCUUCCCCGGUCAGCCAGGACAGUACCACCACCAGCAGCAGCAGCAGCAGCCACCAGGUCCGCCUCCUCGCGGGGGCACUCCAGCUCAGCAAGGCCCGCCUCAGUACGGCCGUCCACCCUCGGCUGCAGCCCAGGCUCGUCCGCCUCCCCCUCCUCGAGCGGGUAGCGCCGCGAGCAUGCGUGGACCGCAGCAGGGCGCGGGAAUGGUUCCUCCUGUUCCCUCUGUCCCUACCUUGGGAGGGCCGAGGCCGGCGCAACAGCAGAUGGGUCAGCCGGGCAUGCCUGGUCAGCCAGGUCAGCCUGGUCAGCCGGGCCCGUAUGGCGCCCCUCCGCAGCAGAUGCAACAGCAACGCCCUCCUCCGGGUCCCGGACCGUACGGCCCCCCUCCCGGCCAGGCGCAACAGCAGCAACACCCCGGCGCGGGAAUGAUGUCUCCCCCUCCCCCACCGGGCGCUCGUCCCCCGCCCGGCGCACCCGGCGCACCCGGCGCACCAGGAAUGAUGCCGCGCUCGCAAACCCCUUCGGCGUCAGGCGCAGGUGCAGGCCCACCGCGCUCUCACACGCCAAACCCCCGCCAACCGGCAGGCGCAGCGAGCUUCAAGCAUCCUCCCGGUGAUCGCACUCACGUUCCCGAAGCGCUGAAGCCAUUCGUGGGUCUCUUUACUCGCGAGUUCGCACGCAUUAAAGCUCAGGCACCCCCAGCACAGAAGCGCAUGGUUGACGAUGCGGAGCGUCGACUCAACCUGCUCUUCGACUGGAUCAACAACGGCCUCGUGACGGAUCCCCGCAUCGUUGAAGGUUUGAAGGGGCUCGUGGCGCCCGUGGAGCGUAGGGAUACGCAGGCCGCCCUGAGCGUGCAUGUUGGGCUGGUCACUGCCGCGAGUGGGGAGGUGGCGCAGGGUCUUGUGGGUGUCAAGUUUGUUAUUAGUCGAUUGGCCGCGUAGAGUGAGGCGGCGUGGGUGUGUAGACGUAGUCAAACGAAGAGGCGAGAGACGAGAGACGAAGAGACGAUCUUUCGGUGCAAUCAAGAAGUGACGAAAUUUCUUUCAAUCCCACC